AUGGAGCCGCAGCUGAACCUGCGCGUCACCUGCCGCGGGGACACGCGGAGCUUCCUGGUGUCGGACUCGGCACACACGACGUGGGCGGAUGUGGAGGCCAUGGUAAAAGUUUCUUUUGACGUGGACAACAUUCAGAUCAAAUAUGUUGACGAGGAUAAUGAUGAGGUCUCUGUGAAUAGUAAAGAGGAAUAUGAAGAAGCUCUGAAGAUUGCAGUUAAGCAAGGAAAUCAACUUCAGAUGAAUGUGUAUGAAGAAAAGUCUUCUUCGAAGGAAACUUCCUACUCUUGUUCCUUGCAACUACAUGAAAAGAACGUGAUGGAAAAGUUGGCACUUCUUAAAGAUGAGAAGAAACAUCUUUUGCACUAUCCCACUCUAGCUCAAGGGUUAGAGGAAGGCUUAAAAAAUGAAAAGGAGCUGACAGUUCAGCAAAAUUUAAAUCACACUAGAACAGGAAGAACAAAUGAAAAUCCUCCAGAAUGGUUUACCAGCUACUUGGAAACAUUCAGGGAACAAGUAGUUAAGGAAACUGUUGAGAAACUGGAACAAAAGCUGUAUGAGAAGCUUGUUCAUCACCAUCAGCCUCCAGAUAUUUCUGAAAGUUCUGUCACAGCAGCUUCUGCAACUUCAGAGAUCCAGCUGGGGAACAGCAACCUGUGCGACUGGCUGAUCUGCUGCUGCAACUGCCAGGCCCGAAUUGUUGGAGUUCGCUACCAGUGCAGCCUUUGUCCAGCCUACAGUAUCUGUGAACAGUGUGAAGCAGGAACAUAUGCACACGAUCCCAACCACAUCUUGUUGAAGCUGCGAAGGCCUGUGCUGUGCCCUACUGACAGUUACAGCCUUGCAGAAUGCUCACCUCGCCUGCCUGCUACUCUGGAGCAAGAUAGGCUCCAGAAACAGAUGGACAAAAGAUUUCUGAAGGCAGAAAAGCAAAGAUUACGAGCAGAGAAGAAACAGCGAAAGGCAGAGGUCCGAGAGCUAAAAAAGCAGCUAAAAUUGCACAGGAAAAUUCAUCUGUGGAACUCUGUCCAUGUAUUGGAAGCCAGUGGCUCACCUACUCAGAAAUCUGAGAGUCUCCAACCUAACACCUUCAUGAGUCCUAGUCAACCCUUCCAAGCAAUUGUCCCAACACUAAGUGCAGUGUUUGUGGAUGAGAAUUUGCCAGAUGGGACUCACUUGCAACCAGGAACAAAGUUUAUCAAACACUGGCGAAUGAAAAAUACUGGCAAUGUGGAAUGGAGCUCAGACACAAAGCUGAAACUCAUGUGGGGAAAUCUGACCUUGGCGUCUUCUGAAAAAAAAGAUGUGUUGGUGCCAUCCCUUCCAUCAGGGCAAGUAGGAACUGUUUCAGUUGAGUUUGUAGCUCCUAAUGCAGAAGGAACUUACACCUCUCACUGGAGACUGACACACAAAGGGGAACAAUUUGGGCCCAGAAUCUGGUGCAGUAUUGUUGUGGAUCCCUCCCCAGCUCCUGACUAUCUAGAAAGCAAUUGGAAGGAUUCUGACUCCUGUCAGAAGGAUAAAGCUUCCAGCACCAAACAGGAUGCUUCCUUAAAAACAGAAGCAGGUGCUCAGCUGAUGGGUGAAAUCAUGGAGCAGACUGAAAUACUUCUGCCAGCUAUUCCUUUAAAGAUCAAAAAUCUGCCAAGUGACAGAGAAUUUUACAUACCAUCUGUUGAUCUGCUCACUGCACAGGACUUGCUGUCCUUUGAACUGUUGGACAUUAAUAUUGUGCAGGAAUUGGAGCGAGUGCCACACAACACUCCUGUUGACAUGACUCCGUGCAUGUCCCCUUUGCCCCAUGAUAGCCCGUUGCUGGAGAAACCUGGCUUAGGUCAGAUAGAGGAGGAGAAUGAGGGGAGUGGUUUUAAACCAGUGCCUGGAAUGACAGAAGCCUGCUUUCCUGCAGAUACUUGCACAAUGAAAGUGAAAGCUGAACAUCCAUUGAACCAGGAGGAAGGGGAAGAAGACAUGAGUGGGACUCAGUUUGUCUGUGAAACUGUAAUUCGCUCCCUAACGCUGGAUGCUGCACCUGACCAUAAACCCCCACAAAAAAAGAAAAUCCUCCAGAACUCUUUGCAAACAUUGCAAGACACCUUCAGUUGCAAUAUGAUAAAUGAAGAAUCUCAUAGAAUUAAAACUAAUUGCACUUCCAAAAAUGAAGCAAAGAUUCAUCAGUCAGAGGCAAUGACAGAAAAUAACUUUGGGCACCUUCCACUGUCUGAGAGAAUAAACCCCUGUAGUGAUACCAGCAAUUCUGAUGAAGGGGAAGAUGAAGAUAAAGAUGAUGUUCAAAGUCAAGGUUCUUCUGCUUCAUCAGAGGAUUAUAUCAUUAUUCUCCCUGAGUGCUUUGACACUAGUCGUCCUUUAGGGGAGUCUAUGUAUAGUUCAGCUCUUUCUCAGCCCAGUUUGGAAAAGACAGGAGAACCUGAAACAGGAACAGAGAAUCCAGAAGGGGGACAUCAGCCACAGAUCCACAAUGUCAGUGAUAUUUUCACAACUUCACAAACAUUGUCUGUGGUACCACUAACACCAGAGAUUGUGGACACCUUGCCGCAGACACAAAGGGAUCUUGCAUCUCUUCAGAAUCCUAUCAUUCAAGAACCCAGCAGAACAGCUUCAGAAAAUAGCUCUUCCACUCCUCAUAAUCAAAUGAGAGAAGAACCCAGUGGUGAAGACAGUGAUAGACCAGGAUCUUCUGGAUUUCUAACUAGUAAACAAAAGUGCUCAGAAUACCCAAGAUACCCUCAAGGAAGCAGCAUUGCAGGAGAACUAGUUAAAGGAGCUUUGUCAGUUGCUGCUUCGGCCUACAAAGCAUUAUUUGCUGGACCACUCAUUAUAGAACAGCAGCCUGCAGCUACAGAAGAGCACACUGCCUCUCUUCUCUCAAGUCUGUGUGAGAUGGGAUUCUGUGACAGGCAGUUAAACCUGCGACUGCUGAAGAAACACAACAAUAAUAUGGUUCAAGUAGUAACUGAAUUGCUUCAGAUCAGUAACAGUGACUGGUACAGCGGUAGAUGCUGA